AUUAACAAAAAUAAAAAAUAGAGCAGAAGGCCUGAGUGAUACUAUGCCUUUGACUGAGGAAUCUGAUUGAUCUUCUAAUUCUUUGUACUUGACUUCUAGAACCCAAAACAAAAAAAGGUAAUAACUAGGAGAACAGAAGUUGAAGGUAAAACUUUCAACUGAUACAUAAAAAAAGUGAGUGGAGGGGGGAUGUACAACAAAACAUAUUUCUUUGGUUGAGUAUUCUUUCUUCUAUCUUGGUUCUCUACUAAAGUUUCAAUGGUGUUGAAAGUAGUAAUAAAUGAUGAUGUUACAAAACUUAUCAGAUCAUUUUCAAAGAAGAGAUUAUGGUGCUUUUACUUUGGCUGCACCAAUUCUCAACUUCUUUAGGAGUGGAGUCCACUAUCCUGGAGUGGAUAGCUAGAAAGAGAACUCAUUUUAACUGCUCUUUUCCAAAGGUGUCUCCCAAAACCUCCUCCAACACUGACCAAGGCAACUACAUUGAAGCAAAUGAUUUGAUCACUCAGAUACCCUCUAAAGUGCAGAUACAAGAUAUUACUAAGGAGCUACACUGUCUACUGUGUAAUGACUGGUUCCGGGAUCCACUUAUGCUAACCUGUGGCCACAACUUCUGCCAGGCCUGUAUUCAAAACUUUUGGAAGCAGCGAACAAAGGAAACAUUCUGUCCUAAGUGUAAGAUGAUGUGUCAACAUGCCAACUGUGCAUUCAACCUUGUACUGGAGAGGCUGGUAGACAAGAUUAAGGACCUACCCUUACUCAAGGGCCAUCCACAGUGCCCAGAACAUGGAGAGAACCUGAAAUUGUUCAGUAAGCCGGAAGGGAAGCUGAUCUGCUUUCAGUGCAAAGAUGCUCGGUUGUCUGGGGGGGAGUCUAAAGAGUUCCUGCAGAUCUCUGAUGCUGUCCAUUUCUUCACGGAGGAGUUUAUCAUCAUUAAGGAUCAACUGGAGGCAACCCUGAAGGAACUUCAGUCCCUGAGGAACAGGCAGAGAGACGCUAUUGCUGCUUACAAGGACAACAAGCUACAUCUGCAGCAGCACAUCUCCGUGGAGUUUCUAAAGCUGCAUCAAUUUCUGCACGGCAAAGAAAAGGACAUUUUAAAUGAGCUUCGGCAAGAAGGGAAAGUCUUGAAUGAGGAAAUGGAGCUGAAUCUGAACCAGCUUCAGGAACAGUAUCUCCUAGUCAAGGAGAUGUUGGUGAGCCUCCAGGCAAGGAUGGAAGAGCAGAACUCCUUCAACUUUCUCAAAGACAUCACACCUUUCUUAGAUAGCUUGGAGAAAGGAAUGAAAGUGCUGACACCCAGGGAGCUUAUCUCCAGAAACCUGAACUUGGGCCUGUACAAAGGUCCCAUCCAGUACAUGAUGUGGAGGGAAAUGCAGUCCAUUAUCUCUCCAGAUACCAAAGAAUUAAGCAGGACAAAAGAACACAAAUGGCAUUUCAAGAACAUAAAAUUCUAAAUAAAAAUAUUUAUAUAAAUACAAAGUUCUAAAAAUAUUUUAUAGAAAACUUUUUCAUUAUUAUUAGUAGUUACUGACUUAAUGAAAAUCACAAAUCUAUCCCUGUUAACAAUUUUUCCAGAUAAUUGACAAUAAAAAAUCAGCUUUACUAAGACAUAAUUAACAUAAAACAAUCAACAUUUAAAAUUUUAUUGAAUUUAUUGGGGUGACAUUGGUUAAUAAAAUUAUGUAGGUUUCAACUGUACAAUUCUAUAAUACAUUUUACUGUAUUCACCACACUAGUCAAGUCUCCUUUCGUCACCAUUUAUUCCCCCUUUAUUCUCUUCUACUUCCCUCAACCCCCAUUUCUCUCUGGUGAUCACCAUACUGUUGUCUGUGCCCAUCAGUAGAUGAGUGGAU